AUGGAGUUCAACAGGUUUCCGAGUGCAUCAGGAGAAGAGAAUCAGGAAAGACAAGAGGAGGCUUGUGCCGGUGCUGACAGCAGUGGCUCUGGAAUGAGCAAUGAGCUGGAUGUUGUACAAAUGUAUCUCACCUGUUUACCUGAGAGAUACAUGCAGGCAAAGUUUACUCUGACAGCAUACUUGGCGAGCUGGCUCAUCUUGAAACUCUGCAAGAGAGCUUUGGAGAAAAGAUGCUCAGCCUCCCAAAAGGCCCCAGAGCCCACUGAAAAUGGCACGAGUGAAGGAGAGCUUGACGAGGACCAGAAUUCAUCUGUCCCAAGCACUUUGGAGCUGGAGAUUCGCGGAUCAGGCCAAGAAACAGAUGAAGAUUACUUUGAGACACAGUCACAUCAGAGUGAAUCAUUGUCAGACAUAAAGACAGAACCUUAUGAAAGUGCAUCCGACUCGGAGUCCAUUGCCAGUGAUAUAACUAGAGAAAUCAGCCUGAGUUCAUGUUGCCUUUCUCCAGAAGUAGAAGAACCAUGGCAUAAGUAUUCUGAAGGAAAAGUAGAAAUAGCUUCUUCCAAGCCAGAGUUCAGAAGACCACUGGGAUGUUUGCAAAAGGAAUCUGUGGAACUGUCUUCCAUUUUACACGUACCAACAAGCAAAGGUGAAUUGGAAGUACAAGCAACAGAGUCAAAAACAGAGGAGACCAUAGGGAAAGAGAAAACGUUACCUUGCAGUAUUACCUACAUGGGGUCAGAAACUAGUAAAGAGAACUUUGAUACAAAGACUGAGGCCACAUUGAUAGCAGAGGCAAAAUCCAUGGACAGAGAGACACAAUUCCAUAUCCGCUCAAAAAAUCUAGCUGUAAGUGCUGUUGUAAAAGGUAACACCGGUACAGCAGCAACAUGGGUUGCUUGUCUCAGAGCAAACUCUGAAAGCUCUCUGACUAUCCCUGAGACUCAGCACUCUCUUGUUCACUCCGAAACUGUUUCAAGAUAUAGUUUGCCUAAUAUUCACUUGGAAACAAACAGAACUUGGAAAAGAAACUGUGAAGCACUCAAAGACAAAGUGAGGUGUAAAGAAGAUUCUACACUUAACAUGCAGUGCAGUAUGGAGAACAUAAUUGAUCAUCAGAAACCUGCAGCAGUACACAUCUGUGGCAGAAAGCAACAGACCACCAGUUUACCAUGUUUAAAAUCUCCAUUUCUGGUGCCACCCAGAAGGCCAGGAAUCCUAGAAAUAAAAUCAUGGCAAAGUCCACCCAGGAACAUAAGUGCUCAAGAGUUCAGAGAACAUACCAAUGAUUGUAUUUGCCUGGCAGAAAAACUAAGCUGGUCAUGCUCCAGGUUACACCUAGCAGAGUCAGAUUAUGAAUGUGUAUGUAAAAAUUUAGAAAGGUUUGGUGACUGCUCACAAAAGUCCUUAAAGAUGGGAAAAGAUACAGAUAUUAAAGGAUUAUUUCUUGAUCCACAUCUAGUGUCAAAUAAGAGCCAGGUACAACAGGCAGCAAACCCCCACCAAGCUACCAGAAAGAAUUUACACAAUGAAUCCAAAUUCUAUGGCCUUACAACAAAACGAACAGAUGCGUGUGGUGAGAGUAAGUCAUUGAAACUGUUCCAGAUGCCAUAUUCCUCAAAGUAUAAUUCUAAACAGGAGAUUCCAACUCUGGAGUGUGAACCAAUACCCACAAAUGCCAAAGUAAUAUUACAAAAAGAUCAAUCCAAACCAGAGGGUGAGACUGAAAUUAAUGAGCUUUCUCAAAAUCUUUGUUCUGCAUCUGAUAUCUGUGAUGUUGAAAUCCAAGAAAAUUACCGUGGUGUAUGCAUCACAGAGAAAGAUGGUAAUACAGGUGGCACCUUUGUUUCCUCUCUUAGUGCACAGAUGAAAAUGGAGGGGAAAUGCCUUGAAACGCAAAACACUGAGGCCUUUCUAGGGGCAAGUGAAUUGAGGAGCAAUUCUGGACUCAAUGUAGAUUGGGGAAUACUGGAUGGGGUUCUCACAUCAAAUGGAAAGCACUUUGUAGGUGAGCACGGGGAAAUCAUGCUUCAAAAUGUAAAAUCCAAUACCUUAAAGUGUCCUUCCAAUCAGGAGAGAACAAAUAUAUAUUUCAUGAAUAUGGAAGGGAAGGGUGGUGAUAGUGGUUGUGGUGGUAAAGAAGACAUCUCUGUUCUUGAACUAGCACCCAGACCACAUUAUGUUUGCCAGCAGGUAAAAUCAGAGACACUUCCAGAGUUAAAACCUCUUUUGAUAAAAUCUCUAGGACAGAAAGAGCUACAAGUAAAGAACAUGGAAGGUGAGAGCUACCUGUCUGAAUUAACCAUGGAGAAAUUGGAACAUGAGGACUCAGCUUCUCAUCUUAUCACCAUGAAAAAUGCCAUAAAGCCACAGGAAGCUCCAAACCUACAGCUGAACAGUGGAAAGGACAUUUUGACUGUGCAGGUUAUGCCAGGCAGUGAGUUCCCGGUUAGCAUGGCCACCCAAGAAGGUACAAAAACCAUACACGAGGAAGCAGAGGCAACUGUUCUGGUUUUAUCUUCAGUUCCUGCCUGUGCAGGAGUGAGUGUGAAGGAUGAUUCCCCUGGGACUAAUUUAAGUUUGGAAUGUGCUAUGCGAACUUGGAAAGAAGAGGGAGAUGCAGAUGGUCUGCCCUUAGAAUCGCAUGGCACAAAUUCUGAGAUAUUACUGAUAAAGCCCUGCCAAAAGAAUACUGAUUCUGACAUAGUGCAAGAAAUAAACCUACAAUUUGAAACAAGGGGCCAUAUGGUGGUGGGGAAAACUAUGACCACAAAUGUAGAGCCAGGCACUUGUGUAGCUAUUUCAAGAAUGCAGGAAAUGAAUAGUGUUAUUGGUGAAUGCCAGGAUGCUACUGCUGAUAAUAAGACUCUGGGGAAUAACAUUCACAGUAAGCAAAUACUUGAGAAGGAAGAUACUAAAAGGUGUGAGGUAUCACAAGGGAAAACAGGCCUUUGGGAGGAUUCUCCACACAUAGGACCAGCCAGAGACUUUUCUGUGGAAGAUCCCAAGUGCAUUAACAGAGUCAGUGAAUGGAAUCUGAGCACAGAUAUCCAUGAUUCUUCUGUGAAAAGUGACAGUCAAGAGAAUUCCACCACAGGCCUAGAUAAUAUCAGUACUGGUAGCACAAACAGUGAGGAGAUGGAUGAGAACUUCUUUAAUUUCCUGGGUAGUAAUAACAGUUUCUACAAGGCGGUACAGAGAAACAACAGGACUAGGGUCACAGAGAAGUCUCCCAAGCCUUCUAAAUUUUUAUCCUUUUCCAAAAUGGCAUCUUUCAGGAAAAUUAAGCUAAUGACUGAUGAAAACCAAGGCAGCAUCAAGACCAAGACAGAAGCAUUAGAUGGCAAUAAGACAGAUGAGGUGGAAGAUGAUUUAAAGUACAUUCAAAAUAGUUCAUCCAGCUCUACAUUCCAAAGCAAGGAAAAUUGUCUUGCAGAGUAUUCAGAUGAUGAUGACUUAUUCUAUGAGAGACCUGCUGGACUGUUCAACAGAAUUAGCUUGAGAAAGGCUUCAAGCUCUGGCCGGACACUCUUAGAAGACAUGGGCACAAGUUCUCCCACACUGGCCAGAAUGAAAUCCUCCCAUGGAAAAGUCUUAGGUUCUGUUGAGAAUAAUGACAGCGAGUCUGCAGAGUACCCUGAACUCAGGAAAUCUUCAUCAGAGAAUGAUUUUAAACGAAACAAAAGCACAGAGAGCAAAAAGUUCAAGAGUAGACUGGCCUUGGCCCACAGAUCCUUCUCAAGUUUCUUCGAAUCUAAAUCUCUGGAGAAAGAAAAUGCUGAACAGUGUCCAAAGAUUUCAAUGAAAAAUGAAAAAGCUAAGUUGUACCAAACAUCCUGGAAAACAUUUCUGAAAAGCAAGGAGGCAGAUGGUAUGAAGCGGUCUGCCUUAAACUGUCCUCUUCCAACACAACAGAGUCCUUGUUCAAACAGAAGCCCUGGCAGCAUUGUUAGAAGACUUUCCAAGGAAAAUCAGGAAUGUCAUAAUGAACAAGUGGUUAUGAGUUCAAGUGUGCCUAAUGGCUCAUCCACAGAAGCUGGGCAUUCUGACUCCUCUGGGACAGUUGACUUUGUAUCUGUGGAUGCCAGGAGGAGGAGGAGAAGGAGAGAGCUCUCUCAUGAACUGAGUAUAAAAUGUCCACACAGCCCGGACUACAAUGGGAAAGAAGAAGCAAUGGGUAAUGAUGAAGAUAUUUCCUUCGAAGAAUUGUGGCUGAAAUCUCCAGUUAGUCCAAUUGACCUACAGACGUCAUUUUCGCACUUCACUCCCUCUUGCCCCCAGUUGUCAAUGUAUGAGCGUAAAGAUAUGCCUUGCAGACCUAUGAGCCCCAAACCCCAGAGUCCUAGGACCAGUUCUCAACGCAAAGGUUUCCAUUACCCUGUACGGCUGAGCUCCACUUCAAUGAUAUCUCUGGGAAACAUCUCUGUGAUUGACAGCAAUCUGGAAGCUCCUGAAAGGCCAAAGACAUUGAAACCCAGAUCCAGCUUCUUGGUGUCUAUGCACUCAUUAGAUAAUGAUUAUCAGAGAGAAGACAGUGGGAUAAGCAGCCAGUCACAAAUCAGCUUAAACACUGCUUCUUCAGUCAGUGAUAUAAUCAGAGAUGAGGAGAGUGCUCAGCAAAGUCAAAUCCCGUCAGAAAAGAGGCCAGGUGAGAAACGGGGUCUUCAGUGCAGAAAGAGGUCUACUCAGAUGCCACUAUCUCCACACUCGUUCUCAAACAUAGAGAACAAAGCCUGGAUGCUUGCCUUCCAUUCUCAGGAGGGAAAAGCAAAAGAGCAGACCCAGAGGAAGAGACGCAGACCCCUAUACAAGCGUUUCAGCUUUGAUGAUGCAUGGAUGGAAAGGAAUCGGAAAAGGAAGCUUGUGAAGGAGACACAAUCAGACAGGGGGACUGACUCAAGUACCCUCCUAGACGAUCAGUUAAAAGUUAAAAUGAGACCAUGCAUUACUUCACCAGUGGUUUUUGAUGCCAUUCCUCUCAAGUUGCACCUUUACUCCCAGAGUACGCCCACCGGUUUAGACUGCGUGGGCUUGAGACGGCGCACCUCCUUUCCUGUAAUUGCUGAUGGGUCGCUGGAGAAGAGCAGCGAUGAUGUGGGAAGUGAAGAGGACUUGUAUGAAGACUUCCGGAGUUCCAGUCAUCGUUAUGGCCACCCAGGUGGAGGAGGAGAACAACUUGCUAUUAAUGAGCUCAUCAGUGAUGGUGGUGUGGUCUAUGCAGAAGCCCUCUGGGAUCAUGUCACCAUGGAUGACCAAGAGCUAGGCUUCAAGGCUGGUGAUGUCAUUGAAGUAAUGGAUGCAACUAACAAAGAGUGGUGGUGGGGCAGGAUAAUGGACAGCGAGGGCUGGUUCCCUGCCAGCUUUGUACGGCUCCGAGUGAACCAAGAUGAACCGAUGGAAGACUAUCCUCUGAAGCUAGAGGAUGGCAGGGAGGAAGACUCCAUAAAUGCUGUCCACCGUUACGGGGUGGGGCAAACAACUAAGGAUCAAAUGAGGACCAAUGUGAUCAAUGAAAUCCUAAGCACAGAAAGAGAUUACAUCAAACACCUGAAGGACAUAUGUGAGGGCUAUAUAAAACAGUGCCGUAAACGAGCAGACAUGUUCACGGAGGAGCAACUGAAGACAAUCUUUGGGAACAUUGAGGAUAUCUACAAGUGCCAGAAAAAAUUUGUUAAAGCUCUGGAGAAAAAAUUCAACAAAGACUACCCGCACCUGAGUGAGGUUGGCUCCUGCUUCUUGGAAUAUCAAAAUGAGUUCCAAAUCUACUCGGAGUACUGUAACAACCACCCGAAUGCCUGCGUGGAGCUUUCCCGACUCACCAAAGUGAGCAAGUAUGUUUAUUUCUUUGAGGCAUGUCGUCUGCUUCAGAAGAUGAUUGACAUCUCUCUGGAUGGCUUUCUCCUGACUCCGGUGCAGAAAAUUUGCAAGUACCCACUACAACUUGCAGAACUGCUGAAAUAUACCAACCCACAGCAUAGAGAUUUUAAAGACGUUGAAGAUGCUUUAAAUGCCAUGAAGAACGUAGCACGGCUCAUCAAUGAGAGGAAGAGGCGGUUGGAAAACAUAGACAAAAUUGCUCAGUGGCAGAGUUCAAUAGAGGAUUGGGAGGGUGAAGAUGUCCUUGUCAAGAGUUCUGAACUCAUCUACUCUGGGGAAUUAACCAAGAUUUCCCAGCCUCAAGCCAAGAGCCAUCAAAGAAUGUUCUUCCUCUUUGAUCACCAGCUUGUCUGCAGCAAGAAGGAUCUCCUGCGACGUGACAUUCUGUACUAUAAGAGUCGAAUCAGCAUGGACAACAUGGAGAUUCUGGAUGUGGAAGAUGGGAAGGAUAAGGACUUCAAUGUCACUGUUAAGAAUGCAUUCAAGUUGCAUUGCAGGGACACUGAGGAAGUGCACUUAUUCUGUGCAAAAAAGCCUGAACAGAAGCAGCGCUGGCUCAAGGCAUUUGAGAAUGAAAGGAAGCAAGUUCAGCUUGACCAGGAAACAGGUUUUUCCAUCACGGAGGUGCAGAAGAAACAAGCCAUGCUUAAUGUCAGCAAACAGAACCAGGCUGGAAAACCAAAAGUGAUCACCAGGACAUAUUAUGACUUCCUGAUGCGCCAGAAGCACCCCACCUUGCCUACGAACCUCCCCCAGCAGCAGGUCUUCAUGCUGGCAGAGCCUGCGCAAGCCUUCAAACUUCUGGCAGAAUAUCAGCAGGCUGGCUCCAUUUCGAAAAUAAGGGGAAGCAGCCGAUCUUGUGCCUGAAUACCUUUCGAUAAAGCACUUUAAGCAUCAGUCCUGCAAAACUAAGCACUAGCUCCUCCUCCUGGCUUUCAGAGGGAUAGCACCUACCCUUCUUUUUGCCAGGCUGAAUGAGCUCAAAAGCAUUAUGAAAUGAUGGCAUGGCAUGGGCCAUGUUUGUUGUGUGUGCGUGUGCCUGGGAAAGGGAGCCAAGCCUGCCUACCCCUCUGUAUUCCCAGGGGGAAAAAGCAAAAGGCUGGAGUCCAUUUUUUAAAACCCUCAUUCUGUUUGUUUUGGAUCACCCUUCCCUUAGGAACAUUAUUUGCUUUCGGUUUCAACAAGGCUGCCAGACAAAGAAGGCAAGUAGACAGCUACCUGCCUGGUGACUGAUUGCUCCGAGCAGCUGCUUCGUGUUGGUGCUGUUCUGCACUUUUCGGGGAUGAUGUGUUCCCUCCUCCCACUCGCCUCCCUCACUCCAGUGUUCAUGGAAAUCCUGACCAGCCCAUCCAGAGACCCUUCCUCGGGAGCCAUCUAUAACCUCCCUUUGCUGAACACAGAACUACUGAGGACGAAGAACCCAGACACCCCUGAAGCAUGACUAACACCCCCCCCCCCCGCAAACCUUUGCAAUCUAGUUGAGUUGAUGUACAUUGGGGAUGGGGUGGGGAUAUGUGCCUAAAUUAACUUUAAAUUACUUUUACUCUUUACCAACACUUUGCCAUAGUUCCUGGCCAAUGAAAAUUUUGUCAGUGUUUUUAAUGUUUAUUUAUGGUAAAAGUGCAGAUAACUGUAUUUUGUAAGAGUUUGUAAUCUGUCUUGUCAGAUGUUAACUUGAUGCCUGUUUUGUCUAUUUUUUUUCCACAAGAAAGGCCAACAUUUGUAAGCCUGUAUUCCUAAAGAUAUGCCGUAUAGAUGUGUCUCAAGAUGAAUUUCCGAUGUACCAGGCACUCGCAAAUCAGUAUUAUUUGGUAACUGUGCCACCCAUGCACUGGUCUACAGAGGCAGUGAGGUUGCUAGGAGAGGCUGGGACCCUGGGCUCCUAUAUUUGUAUGGGGAAAGUGUAUAUCUAGGCAUAUACACUUGAACAUUGUGGGCAAAAAAUACUCAUUUAAUCCUCGAUUAGAAGAAAGAUUUGCCUUACAAUAGAGAGAUAGAUAGAAGCCAUAACUGACUCAAUCCCGCAAUUUAGGGAUUCCUGGUACUGUGAACUUAGAAAGAAAACCCAAGUUACUCUAGUAUGAGACGACUGCAGGGAGUGAGCACACAGCCGUCUACCACAAAGAGAUGCCGUGUCUAACUGUAGCUGACCUGGUCAGCUACAGCUCCGUGGAUCCAGAAGCAUGUACAGAUUCAUUCUUGCACUAUAUCUUUCCUCCCACGAGAGGGGCUACAUUAAAUUUCAUAAAGAAACUUGUAAAAGUGA